AUGAGGCCGGUGUGGGAAUCACCGACCGCAUCAUGGAGCGAGACGUUUGGUCGGGCGAGUCUGCGAAUCCUCGUUGGUCUUUUCACGCAAGUCCGCGGACUGCAGGGCGGAACAGUCAUUGCUGUCGAAACGAGCGAUCCAAUGCGGGCACGCGCGCACGAACUUGUUCGUAUCGAGCUUCAUGCCGUGCCGACGAAGUGCGAGACCAUCCGCGCGCCACCCAACCACAUGCCACACGCCGCCGCGCGAAAGAAGAUCGAGGUCCAAGCUGCUCGGCCGUUCCAGGCGCUGAACCGCGCGGAGUAA